AUGACUUCCGAUCCGACAUCUAGUACUGUGGUUCCUCCCUCCGAUUCUGUCCACCACAAUGCCGCUCUUGAACCCUGGCAGCCUGUGAAAGGCCGAGGCCGCACUCACCUGUUGAAACGACAUGCAAGAAAUGCACGAUACCACCCUUACCGAGGGAGUCGUGUCCGUCGUGUGUGCCAGAAGGUCACUGGCAUGGUCGAGUCGUGUGGGAACGAGGCUGACCGUAAGAAGAGGCUAACAGAGGAGAUGGUGGAAGGCAACGGAUCCCUAUUGCUUUCCAUUUCCGACAAAUACGCAAUGGAUACAGCUGGCCAAGUGUCAGAAGUGAUUGUGCCAGCUGUCUCGCAGUCAGCUCAGACCGAUUUGGAGUACACUGAGAGAGUCUCAACCGAGCAGCUGCCCGCUGAGGCAGUAUUAGUAUCUUCUACCUAG